AUGUCAACCAAGAAGCCCCUGACCGGGGCGGAGAUUGCGAAACACAACUCUGCUAAAUCAUGCUGGGUCAUCGUCCACGGCAAGGCCUACGAUGUGACCGAUUUCCUUCCCGAGCAUCCGGGUGGCCAGAAGAUCAUCCUCAAAUAUGCGGGUAAGGACGCGACCGAAGAGUUCGACCCAAUUCACCCCCCAGACACACUGGACAAGUAUCUCGAUCCCUCCAAGCACCUAGGCCCCGUCGACAUGAACACCGUCAUGCAGGAAGACAAAGGGGUGGAUCCAGAGGAGGAGGCGCGCCAGGAGCGUGUCAAGCGGAUGCCCUUGCUGGAACAGUGCUAUAACCUGAUGGACUUUGAAGCCGUCGCUCGCCGAGUGAUGAAGAAAACGGCUUGGGGAUACUAUUCGAGUGGCGCAGAUGAUGAAAUUGUAGGGCAAUCCCAUGCCCGUGAAACCCCUUCCACUGCUGACAAUGGGAAACAGACCAUGCGAGAAAACCAUUCCGCCUUCCACAAAAUCUGGUUCCGUCCCCGUAUCCUGGUCGACGUCGAGAAUGUUGAUAUCUCGACCACCAUGCUUGGAACUCCAGUGUCUGUUCCAUUCUACGUCACCGCCACGGCUCUUGGCAAACUUGGCCAUGCCGACGGCGAAGUUUGCCUGACCAAAGCCGCCGCAUCUCACGAUGUUGUCCAGAUGAUACCCACUCUCGCAUCCUGCUCAUUUGACGAGAUUGUCGAUGCUGCGAUAGACAAGCAGACUCAAUGGUUGCAGCUAUAUGUCAAUAAAGACCGUGACAUAACGAGAAAGAUUGUGAACCAUGCAGAAAAGCGAGGCUGCAAAGGUCUUUUUAUUACCGUCGACGCCCCACAGCUAGGUCGACGAGAAAAAGAUAUGCGAUCUAAAUUUUCUGAUCCCGGCUCAGAUGUUCAACAAACCGAUAACAGCGUAGACCGCUCUCAAGGAGCUGCAAGAGCAAUCUCCUCUUUUAUCGACCCUUCGCUCUCGUGGAAAGAUAUUCCAUGGUUCCAGUCCAUUACCAAAAUGCCCAUUGCGCUAAAAGGAGUACAGCGUGUGGAUGACGUCCUCCGCGCAGUGGAAAUGGGCGUUCCCGCUGUUGUUUUGUCCAACCACGGUGGACGUCAACUCGAAUUCGCUCCGUCGGCGAUUGAACUACUGGCUGAUGUAAUGCCGGCUCUUCGAGCCCGGGGAUGGGAAAACAAAAUCGAGGUUUUUGUGGAUGGCGGCGUUCGACGGGCCACCGAUAUCAUCAAAGCUCUUUGUCUCGGUGCGAAAGGUGUUGGAAUUGGUAGACCAUUCCUCUAUGCCAUGAGCACCUACGGCGUCCCCGGCGUUGAACGAGCAAUGCAAUUGCUCAAGGAUGAAAUGACUAUGAACAUGCGACUCUUGGGCUGCACAAGCGUUGACCAGCUGACCCCAGACUUGCUUGAUAUUCGAGGCCUAGGUCACCACUCCGUUCCAAAUCCAGUGGACAGACUUGCUGAGUCGGUAUACGAUCCUUUGAUCACGCCAUCAGAUAGACCUCCAGCGUCCGUGGGAGGUGGAUCGAAACUGUGA